UGCGGAUAGCUGGGAGUGCGCAGCUCGGCAUGUGCAGCGCUUCAUAUUCGCACAAACUGACGCCGCAACCUGCUGCCGCCCGGAUCAGAGCCGAGAGAAAGGAGAGGAAUUAUUUUAUUUAUGACCGGGCUAAAUAUAGUUAAACCUCCUUUUUUUGUUGUUGUUGUUUCCAGCAUCAGUAGUGCAUCUUAGAAAGAGUGUGUGAGGGUGUGUGUGGCCAUGCGUUGACGAAGUCAUGCUUGAGUUUAGGUUUCUCCGGGCUGCUGCUGCCUCUCCUGCUGCUGUCAUGGGUUUGUGGGAGUGACAUCAAAGUUUUUUUUUUACUCGCUUGAAAUAAUCCAGCUGCAACUCAGUCUCCUAACUGCUUCACUUUACCUGGUUUGAGUAAAAUCCCAGCGCUAUUUUACGACUGGAGGUGUGAUUUAAUUGACCUGGGUGGGAGACUGGGUGGACUGUUAGAGAGGCUGCAGACUCGAGAGGAUUUGACACCUGGAGAGUGUGGAGAUGAACUUUGGAAAUUUACUACUUGUGACUGCCUCAUUCAUCGCCAUCGCAUCAGGGUCCAGGGCACGGUUUGAAGACAGCGCACCUCGGAUUGUGGAGGACCCCUCGGAUUUGAUUGUUUCCAAGGGGGAGCCUGCCACCCUCAACUGUAAGGCAGAGGGCCGACCCCCUCCUGCAAUAGAGUGGUACAAGGAUGGCGAGCGCGUGGAGACGGACAAAGAUGACCCCCAUUCUCACCGCAUGCUCCUGCCCAGCGGCUCCCUCUUCUUCCUGCGUAUCGUACACGGACGACGGAGCAAACCAGACGAGGGCAUCUACACCUGUGUGGCCCGCAACUACCUGGGAGAGGCCAUUAGUCGUAAUGCUUCACUGGAAGUUGCCAUCCUGAGAGAUGAUUUCCGGCAGGCCCCGAGCGAUGUGGUGGUGGCUGCUGGUGAGCCUGCUGUCUUGGAGUGCGUGCCUCCACGUGGUCACCCUGAGCCCACAGUGUCCUGGAAACGCAACAACGUCCGAGUCAGCACCAAGGAUGAUCGCAUCUCUGUGCGUGGGGGCAAACUGAUGAUCUCUCACACCAGGAAAAGUGAUGCCGGCAUGUAUGUGUGUGUAGGCACUAAUAUGGUUGGAGAGAGGGACAGCGAUCCUGCAGAGCUGGUGGUCUACGAACGUCCUGUGUUGGUACGAAGGCCGGUGAACCAGGUGGUCAUGGAGGAAGAGACCGUCGACUUCCUGUGUGAGGUCCACGGCGAUCCUGCCCCCACUGUGCGAUGGCGCCGAGAGGAAGGGGAGCUUCCCCGUGGGAGGUUUGAGAUCCGCAAUGGCAACAGCCUCCGUUUGUUCCGCGUCAAAGAGCAGGAUGAAGGGACGUAUACAUGCACAUCUGAGAACAGUGUGGGCAAGACAGAGGCCUCAGCCAUGUUGCAGGUCCAUGUACCACCUCAGAUUGCCACAAAGCCCCGAGACCAGAUUGCUACCCAGGGGAGGAGCAUCACCUUCCAAUGCGGCACCACAGGAAACCCUCCACCCGCCAUCUUCUGGCAGAAAGAGGGCAGCCAGAUGUUGUUGUUCCCGGGUCAGCCGCCGUCACAGUCGGGCCGUUACUCUGUCUCCAUGAGCGGAGAGCUGACCAUCACUGAUGUCCACCCAGAGGACUCUGGUUUCUACAUCUGCCAGGCCAUCAGCGUAGCAGGAAGUGUGCUGACCAAGGCGCUGCUGGAGGUGGAAGGAGGCCCUUCAGGCCGUAUUCCACCAAUCAUUCGCCAAGGGCCAGCCAAUCAGACGGUAUCUCCAGGUUCGACGGCGCAGCUGCACUGCCGUGUAAUCGGAGGGCCCUCUGUCAAGAUUUCAUGGGAGAAGGAUGGAGAGAGACUUCAGGGAAAUAAACCUCGACUGACCUUGGUGGAGAAUGGCACCUUGCAAAUAAAAGACAUAAAGGACACUGAUUCGGGGAUGUACACGUGCGUCGUAUCCAGCACCACAGGGGAGUCGAGCUGGAGUGGGAUGUUGACUGUCAGAGAGGAUGGAGUUUCUUCAGUAUCCAGAGUUUCUGAGUUCAUCCAGCUGCCAGGGCCUCCACAGAAGCCUGUGGUGACCGAGGUGACCAAAAACACCGUCACCCUCACCUGGCAGUCCAACCCACAUGAGGGCGGGGCCGCUGUCACCUCCUACAUUAUCGAGGCCUUCAGCCAAUCAGUGGGCAGUACCUGGCAAACGGUGGCGGACCAUGUUAAGCAGGAGAGGCACACAGUUGUCGGCCUCUUCCCCAACACAGUUUAUCUGUUCAUUGUCCGAGCAGUCAACUCUUACGGCCUCAGUGACCCAAGCCCGAUCUCUGAACCUGUCAGGACGCAGGAUGGGAGUCCUACAGAACAGGGUGUGGACCACAGACAGGUGCAGAGAGAGUUGGGAGAGGUGUCUGUCUACCUGCAGAAGCCUGUAGUUCUGUCUCCUACCAGCGCCAGGAUUUCUUGGACCGUUGCCCGUCAGUCUCGGUACAUUCAAGGUUACCGUAUAUUUUACCGGACUAUCGGCAGUUCCUGGUUGGUCCAGGAUGUUGAGGCUACGUCUGACCACAGUACCAUGUUAGUAGAUCUACACAGCAAAACAGAGUAUGAGGUGAAGAUACGCCCUUACUUCAAUGAGCUACAGGGACAUGACAGCCUCAUGGUUCUGCUGCGUACCCCUGAGGAGGUUUUAAGUGGAUCUCCGCAGGCUGUAUCAGUGGUGCAGCUCAGCAACAGCUCCAGUGUCAGUGUGUCCUGGGAGCCUCCGCCGCACAACACUCAGAGCGGCAUCAUUCAAGAGUACAAGGUCUGGUGUCUGGGCAGCAGUGUGGAGCAGGAAAACCAGAUAAACAGAACAGUGGAUGGAGCGGUUCUGUCCAUCCUGCUGACAGGCCUGCUGCCUGACGUCCACUACACCGUCACGGUGGCUGCUGUCACCAGCCUGGGUGUGGGUGCACAAAGCCCGCCUGUCAGCCUGCUUCUCACACUGCCAGUGGAUAAGUCAUCCACGGCUGUGAAGAAAGGCGGUAACCUCAGCAUAUCAGAGCAGAUCACAAGCGUUGUCAGUCAGCCGGCCUUCAUUGCAGGACUGGGUGUGGCUGCGUGGUUGGUCCUGAUGGGUUUCGGUGGUUGGAUGUACUGUCGCCACCGAAGGAGAAAGCAGCUGGGACACUAUACCACCUCCUUCGCAUACACCCCAGCAGUUGGCUUCGCUCACAGUGAAGGAUCUGGAAUCAUCAAUGGAGGGCCUGGCUUGUUGGGAUCAAAUAUGGGCAACUACCCCUGGCUGGCUGACUCUUGGCCCACUCCGAACCUCUGCCAUAACAGCAAAGAGUCUGUCAACUGCUGCUCUGGCAAGCUGGACUCAGACAGAUAUUAUAACACUGUUGGUAUCAUCAACUACCCAAACCAGUCAGAGAAACACAGCACGGCGUCCAACGAAAGUCCCAUCUACAGCACCAUUAACACAGCUGCUGAGGACGAUCUGUUGGCAUACUACGACACUUACUCCAGCACAUCCUACAACCAGGGGCCAGACCCUUACAGCAGCAACCCAGUACUAUCAAAGAGUGGCCUUGUGGGUCUAGAACAGGACCUAGACCAGUGGACCAUCCAGUCCGGUCAGUCUGGGUCUGAGUAUGCCAAGCUGCAGUAUACCAAGAAAAGCAACGACAAACUGGUAAAGCAGAGGUCGACUGGUUCCACAUCUAAGUCAGCUCCUCUCACCUGGGUGGAUGUUUUGUCGCUUCCUCUUCCUGCCAACAAAGAUAGAGGUCGUACAAAGACGAAGCAAGAAGAAGAGCAACACAGCUCUGAGGAGGAGGACUCUGAGGACUGGUGUCCUCCGCUGCCAGCCAGAACCUACCUGAUGGACACUUCCAGGGAGGAACUCUCCAGCCUGCCUCCUAAACCAGACGAGCUGUCCUACACAGCAACACUGAUGUCUUCCCCUCAGCGAGAUGCACUCAAGCUCGGUGACAGUCCACGGCUGCAGCACUUUGACCUCAUGGCCCGUCACCACUCGGGCUCCCAGGUCUCCCAGUCCAACCCAGAUCUGUUUACCAAUGCCAAGGCCCAGGAUGCCAGUGAAGUGUACCACACCAGCCAAUGGGCAGAUGAUUUCAAGGGGGAGAGCCUCAGCAAAGGACAAUCUUCUGCUCCAGCUGCCGAGUCGAGCCCUGCAGCCCAGGCACACAGAUCUAGGAGUAAGAAGAAAACCCCCAAGGAUGGUCAGCUCAGGCGAGAGCUACACAACCAAGCAGAACUCCCCCCUCCACCAGCGCCUCCUCCUGCAGACAAUUCUCUGCAGCUCUUGGCCGACGUUUUGAGCCGUAGCCGAGCAGACAGUGAAAGAAAAGAGGGGAGCGACUCGCCCGCUCUUCAAAAGAGGGGAGAGCAUUUCUCACUCCAGAGGAGAGGACCGACAAAAUGGUCAUCACAGGAUGAGAAUAAUGUAAUCCAGUAUGGACAGUCCUGCUUCCCGCCCAAGGUCCAGAUGUCAGGCUAUGGGUCCCUGGGUGGAGGAGUCUUUCCACGGCCCUCCACCGCUGGCCGGAGGAGAGAUGAGAACCUCAUGUAGACAGAAGCCGAUUACAUGACAUCCUCCUUUUUCCUCCCUGGGUUUCCUUUCUGUGCGAACCAUCAAUCUGUUGCCAUGGUAUCUGAUGGAAAACUGAAGACAAAAGGGAAAGCAUCUAGGCUUGCCACCUGCCUUUUCACAAACUAUUUGUAUUCUUUUUUUUUUAUUUUAUCUUGUGAUUUCCUUCACCCCUCCUCCGUGUAUAUAGACAUCUUUGCAUUUUUUUAAAAGAUGUGAUCGGAUAUAAAAUGGAUAUGGGGGUUAAAAAAAAAAUUGUAUUUUUAGGCAAUGGGAAGUAAAUGUAACUAUUACAUAUUGUACAGCAGAUUAUUGAAUGUAUCUUCUGUUUACUCUUGACCAUGAAACCGCUGAUGAUGAUGAUGACGACGACAAUGAUGAUGUGUGUGUUUGAUGCAAGACUGGAAAAGACAUGAGGCAGAAAAUGUUAAUAAACCAUCAUGUGGGUGUGUGUGAGUGAGAGUGUCAGUGCAUGUUUGUAGUGUUUGUGUGUGUGUUUUACCUCUCAUUUCUGUGUGGCUGUGUACUGUGGUGCCCCUGUAGAUCACCAGUGUGUUAGUUCUGUCCAGAUUUUUAAACUGACCAAUAAAAUAUUUGUAACAAAAAAU